AUGGAUCUUUCUCUCAAGUUAGAGAAAGAGAAAGAUGAAAGAUCAAAACACAGCUGUGAGAGGGAAGAAGAAGAAGAAGAUGCUAGUGAAAAUAAAGAUGAAAAAAUGAAAGAAGACAAAAUUGAAGAUUCUUGUUUAAGUUCAAGAAUCCGAGAAGAAGAAAAAGAACGUGAAGAGGUGCAGAUCGAGAUGGAACAUGUGGAGGAGAAUAAGAGGUUGAGGAAGCUUGUAGAGAAAACCCUUCAAGAUUAUCACCAGCUCGAAAUGAAAUUCCCGGUUAUCGAUCAAACCAACAAGAUGGAUUUUGAAACGUUCCUUGGAGAACAAGCUAAGGACUGGAAAAGAGGAGUGGAAAGAUGAUCCUUGGAUUUGGUAGACGGAGAAUUAGGGAUUUCACUUUCUUUGCCGAAAAAGCAGAAACAAGACGGAAAAGAAGCUGAGUCUAAUAACAAGCAAAUAUACAAUAGGAGCAACAUAGUCCAUGGACAAGAUAUUAACACGCAACGUGUCAUAACGUCUUCUCCGGGUAAUAGAAAGGCCAGGGUAUCUGUGAGAGCCAGAUGUGACACUCCAACGAUGAAUGAUGGAUGCCAAUGGAGAAAGUACGGCCAAAAAACCGCGAAAGGGAAUCCAUGUCCAAGAGCUUAUUACAGAUGCACCGUGGCUCCAGGAUGUCCCGUUAGGAAACAGGUGCAAAGGUGUUUAGAAGACAUGUCGAUAUUGAUAACAACCUACGAAGGAACACAUAACCAUCCACUUCCGGUCGGAGCAACUGCCAUGGCUUCCACUGCCUCCACUUCUCCAUUCUUGUUACUCGAUUCCAGUGACAAUCUCUCUCACCCUUCCUAUUUGCAACAAAAUGGCAGCAACAAUCAAUCAUUAAGAAGCUUGAUCAACUUUGAUGAUCCAUCAUUUAGAGGAGGUGACCAUGUUUCAUCUUCCCAGAACCGAUUAAACUGGAUGGUGUAGGUUCCCUCGUCUAUCUUUUGGUCCCAUUAUAAGUGAUGUCACGAUCAUGCCCUGUUCGGUAUUGUGUCGCUGCGUCAGAUACAAGCGACUAAAAAUUCAACGUUAACCACGGCAAAUAAAAAGUAAAGGAAUGAAAACGGUGUCGCUGCGAUCAAUUUCUCGGGAGUCGCCGGUGUAGUUGCUACUAUAAAAAUAACAAAAUAUAAAAUAUUGUCAUCAAAAUACAA